AUGGUCGCAAUCAACAGUCUUUUCCUGCUGGCUGUCACAGCCGUGUCUGUUCUAGCUGCUCCCUCGACCCUCGACGCUCGUGCGUCAAAUAAAUGGGAAGACAAGCGGCUUGUCUACAAUCAUGCCAAAGCCGAGAGCAACUCUCACCACGCACCUCUCUCCGACGGCAAGGCUGGUAGCAGCUACCCGCACUGGUUCACUAACGGCUGCGACGGCGAUGGCAAGCUCAUCAAGAGUCGCACGCCCAUUAAGUUCGGGAAAGCCGACUGUGACCGUCCUCCGAAGCACAGCCAGAACGGCAUGGGCAAGGAUGACCACUACCUCCUCGAGUUCCCGACUUUCCCGGAUGGCCACGACUAUAAAUUUGACUCGAAGAAACCCAAGGAAGACCCAGGUCCGGCGAGGGUCCUCUAUACUUAUCCCAACAAGGUGUUUUGCGGCAUUGUGGCGCAUGAGCGGGGGAAUCAGGGAGAGUUGAGACUGUGUUCUCAUUAG